UACUCCUGCACUACACCAACCCCCGAAAAGCCCUUGCCACCUCACUCGCCCUUCUCCCGCACCGCCGCCGCCGCUGCGCGGCAGAGGACGCGCGAUCCCCUCGCCUCCCGAUCGCCAUGGCCUCCACAGCCUUCGCCGCCGCCAAGUUCCUCCCCGCCCACCUCGACUCCUCCCCGCGCAUCGCCCCUCACCGCCCCGCCCCCACCGCGAACCUCUCCUUCUCCCCGCUGCCCGCCUCCUCGUCCUCGCUGGCGUCCUUCCUCCGCCUCCGAUCCCCGUCCCCGUCCGGCCCCGGAGGUAGUCUCCCCCCGCCCCCGCCCCCGCCCCCGCGCUCGUACGGCGGCGGCGGCGGAUCUGGCGACGCCGCGGACUCCGGCGGCGGAGACGGCGGCAAAGGCGGCAUCCUCGGCCUCUUCCUGGCCGGGUGGGCCGCCCGCGUGGCCGCGGACCCGCAGUUCCCGUUCAAGGUGCUCAUGGAGGAGCUCGUCGGCGUGACCGCCUGCGUGCUCGGCGACAUGGCCUCCCGCCCAAACUUCGGCCUCAACGAGCUCGACUUCGUCUUCUCCACCCUCGUCGUCGGAUCCAUCCUCAACUUCGUCCUCAUGUACCUCCUCGCUCCCACCGCCGGCGUCGCCGCCGCCGCGUCGUCUGCGGCCUCCGCGCUCCCCAGCCACAUGUUCGAGCCCGGCGCGUUCUCGCUGGGCUCCCGCGUCGCGACGCUCCUAUCCAAGGGCGCGACCUUCGCGGCGGUAGGGUUCGCGGCCGGGCUCGCCGGCACCGCGCUCUCAAACGGGCUCAUGGCGAUGCGGAAGCGCAUGGACCCGGCGUUCGAGACGCCCAACAAGCCGCCGCCCACGCUGCUCAACGCAGCCACAUGGGCGCUCCACAUGGGCUUCAGCAGCAACCUGCGGUACCAGACGCUGAACGGCGUCGAGUACCUGCUCGGAAAUGUUGCGCCGGCGCCGGUGUUUAAGGUGUCCGUUGUUGCUCUCCGGUGCAUCAACAACGUGCUUGGUGGGAUGUCCUUCGUGUUGCUUGCCAGGCUCACUGGGUCGCAAAAAUCAGAUAAGCCGGCCGCCUCUACUGUUGCUGAAGAGAAGGAGAGGUUGAUAGCUGUGGGCAAUGCUGCUGCAGAUGCCAUCAGUGAGGGAAAGGAUAAGUAAGUGGGUAGAGGAGAGGGCAAGCGAGUGGAUGCACGCAUUGCUCGCGAUGUGCAUCUCGCCCAAGCCUCAUUUUCUGCUUCUUGGACAUAGGCCAAGAAACCCGUAGAUGUUAAGUCAGUUGGUUGGAAUAAGGAGUGAGGCUCGAAACAUUUUGUUCAGUCUGUUUGUGCUUUCUUGGUGUUACUGGAUGACAUGCUUAGUUGAUCUUAGAAUAAAGUUCUUUCUCUCUA